AUGACCAACACGGUCAUCCUCAAGGUGGCGAUGAUGUGCACCGGCUGCAGCGGCGCGGUGGAGCGCGUGCUCAGCAAGAUGGAGGGGGUGCAGUCGUUCGACGUGAACCUCGAGACGCAGAAGGUCACGGUGGUGGGCACCGUCACCCAUGAGGAGGUGGUGACGAAGAUCGCAAAGACAGGGAAGGCUGUCGAGCCAUGGUCGGACUGA